AUGUCAAACGUCCAGAGCGUGACCGUCAGAAAUAUGACCCGCCAUAGAUAUUUAGUCUACUUGAUCAUAUGGCUGUGCAUCCUUUUUCCAGUGUUGUAUUUCAAGAUUUCUGAUCGCCCUGUACCUGAUAAUAAGACUGUGAACACAUCCGAAAACUCUGCACACAAAUAUAAAAGAACAGUGUCCAGAAUCGAUUACAAUGAACUUACUAAAGUUUGCAAUCCUCCCCACAUGAUCGAACGUGGUGAUGAAGGAGAUAUUGGCUUGCUAAACAACAGUCUUACAAUCCAAGGAGUAAUAAUUCUGACUAGACAUGGAGAUCGUGGACCAAUGAAUCAUGUUCGAAACAUGGCUGAUAUAGACUGCGGCAUGGAUCCUGAUCAGGAGUAUAAUGAUUAUACCAAAUUCUUGCAAAACAUAUUCUUCAACAUGUCAUUACAGUUUUUAGGUCCUUUUCAUGGGUACCCAUUAUAUCCACCACAAAACAAUUGUUCCAUAAGUCAACUCACCCCAAUUGGUGUAUCCCAAAUGCUGAAGCUUGGACGAACGUUGCGAUCUGUGUACUACCCUUUGCUUAGUGUUUCUAAUUCUGAUGACAUAAUAAUAUAUAGCACUAAGUACAGACGCACAUUCCAAAGUGCAUUGGCAUUCAUGUAUGCGAUUCUGUCACCAGAUGUAUUGUCCAAAGUCACGUUCAAGGAGAGUGAUAGUUAUAGCUAUUGUUUUGAUCAUUGUGCCUGUUUCAAUGUUAAUAGCUUACAAAUGAAAAUAAAACAGUCAUCUGCAAGACGAUUAAAGGGCCGUAGAGCAAUAGAAAAAAUGCUCAAACGCAUUCAUAAUGUAGUGCAUCUGAUGUCCAGUAGUGUACGGGUAGACCCUUACUUACUUAGGGAUUCUAUUAUGACAUAUGUGUGCCAUGGUGCACCACUUCCUUGCUUUCAGAAUGAUUGUAUAACACGUGACAAUGUAGAGCAGCUUUUCAACUACAUUGACUGGGACUUGGAACAUUAUGCAAAACAUGGGCUGUUGCGAAAAUAUGGACUACUAAAGUCAUAUGGUUUUGCGCUGAAUAUUGCUAUGAACUUGUUGAAGAUGGUAUCCGAAAGUAAACCUCGUCUGGUCCUAUACUCAGGUCACGACUUGACUGCUCAAUACCUUUUAGCAGCUUUUGGAGUUCUAAGUGCCCAAACUAUGUCACCGCACUAUGCUUCCCGUCUAGUAUUUGAGGUAUAUCGAAACAACACAGUUGAUACCACAUACCCCGGUAGGGACUUUUACUUUAGAGUAAUUUUCAAUGGUAAAGAUGUGACCCGAUCAGUGGCCUUUUGUAAAACCCGUGCUGGCAGCUGGACUAGCUCAUCAAUUUACCUCUGCCCAAUUGAGUCUGCUAUUAGGUUCAUACAUGAUGAUUAUUUUACCACUUUCAAUGCUUCCAACUACAAGGAAGCAUGUGGCACUCGUUCUUGA